GGAAGAGCUGUCAAUAAAGUUGCUGACAUGUUUUGCUAUUGCUGUGGGACGUUUAAAUUGUAGGAAUAGUAUAUAUCAUAUUGUCUUAAAAACGUGGGGCGUCUGUUUUCAUUUAUGUUGGACGCAAGGCCGUGCUAAAAUUAUUUCUCUUAGACGUAGUAUAGCAAGCUGAUGCCAUUUGUAAACGUGGUCCAAUUUCUGUUAGAUGAAAGUAUUAUAUAAUUUUACUGUUACUGUGAGUUUAGUUAAAUUUAUGCAUUCAAUAACGACCCGGAAGUGAUUGUGAAACCACGUGGGUCACCAGAGCGCAACGUUUAUAUUGUAUACAUUCCCAGCUAACGUUCAGGGGAUGUUUGGAUUUUUGGUUCCCGAAACGUUAUUAAAACAGAUCUUAUUUAGUUCCCCUUCGGUUUCGAGGAGAGUUUAUGGACAUAUAGCAUACGGAAAUGUAAUGUAUUUGCACAUUGUGGUACAGAGGACGUUUUGUUAACGUUCCCAUAACCUUUAACUAUGUUUGCAGUAACCAGUGAUGGUUCGGAGAACGUUUUCAGACAUGGUCACACUACUUCCCAAACUUCUUCGCCACAUAAAGCCUCAAUCGCUUCAAUUCAUCAGGACUUCCUGUUCACAGAGGACUUUACCUAUUUUAACUCUCUUCACAAAGGAUCCAUGUCCCUUGUGUGAUGAAGCAAAAGAAAUGCUUGAACCAUAUAAACAUAGGUUUAUGUUGCAGGAGGUGGACAUUACUCUUCCUGAGAACAGUGUGUGGUAUGACAGAUACAAGUACGACAUCCCAGUGUUUCAUCUGAAUGGACAGUUUUUGAUGAUGCAUCGUGUGAACACAGCAGUCCUGGAAAAGCGGCUGGCCAAAUCAGAGAAAGAACCAGUUUAAUUAUGCUCAAAUAUUACAAAAACCUGUUAUAUACUGCAAAGUUUUCAGUGAGAAGUAACUGUUUUGCCUCAUUUUUUGUGCUUGUUUGGUAGAGUUUUGUGGGGGUUUUUUUGGUCAUUAAAUAUAUCAUCAUCAUUAUUAUUAUUAUUAAAUAUAUUAUUAAAUAUGUGUGGAAAAUAAAUAUUGAGCUGUAGGUACUAGUGAAGGAUGAGGAAUACCACUACUGUAAUCAAAUAAUUGUUAUCUUAAUGGAUUAGGAACUUGACCCAGGAUUAACCAAGAUGUUGAUAUGGAAGUAACCAAAAGUGGACUUAGUGAUUUGUUAGAAAUGUUUGGACUGCCAUUAUAUAAAAAGAUUUUUCAGACUACAAGACACAAAAUCUGCUGUUUCAGAAAAAGUAAAAAUAAAUCAUUAAAAAAAACAGAAGUAAUAAAUGGACAGAACAUACAGUGAGGUCCAAAAGUCUGAGAGCACUAGUGAAAAUGUUUCUAUUUUGCAUUCUUUUCUUAUUUAAUACAUUUAUUUAUUACAAAUUAUAUUAUGAACAACAACUUGAGUGAAAAAUGGAAUCUUUGAACUAUUUGCAUGAAUUUCAGUGCUUAGUAUGUGGUAUGUCCCCUUUUUGCUUUAAUGAUACGUUUUUGCACAUUUGUGCAAAACCUUAUGAUCCAUUUUAGAUCAAAUCCAUCAGAUUGUCUUCUGAACACCUGUUUCAAUAGAAGAGAUUACGCAGGAAGAAAAUCUGACUUUUCAUAUAGAAAUAGUGCAGAGCCUUUAAUAUUAAAUAUUUGUGAUAUUAAACAUUUAUUUUCUUUACUUUAAACAUUUCAAAAUUCUAAAACCUUCUGUUUUACUUCACAUUUUAAAUGAAAAAAAAAAAGAUUUUUAAUGUGGUCUCAGACCUUUAGACCCCACUGUAUCUUUGAAAACUUUAGUCUGGUUUAAUUCAUCAUAUUUAUACAAGGUAUAUUAAAAUUUAAAGAUUUUGAUAUUUGAGAUUUUGCAUUUAUUUGAUAGUUUGUCUCUGAAGCUUAUAGUUUUCUGUGGGACCCAAUGCCCCAUAUUAUGUUUGAAUAAUCUCUUAAUUCUGUGCAGCUUUGUCCUGGUCAGUAGGAGGCGCAUAUGGAAGGCCAUUGUGGUUAAAAUGUGGCCAUACACAAAACAACAUAUUAACCUCCUAAACUAUGUAUGACUCUACACUUCCCCCAUUAGUCACCAAAAAUAAUAGCUUAGCUUAACAGCUUUGUAUUGUUUUUCAUGUAGUUACUGAAUAAUAAGCAUUAUGAUCUUGAAAUCAAGCAUGAAAGGUUCAGAUAAUUAUUUAUUCUGUAUCUGGGGCUAGGUUUUAGUAGGCAUCUUAUUGCAACCGCUUAAUCGAGAUGCAUGGGCUUAGCAGAUGAAAGUGAAAAAGGCAUCUUGUACAACUGAAUAUUCGAAAUUGUGUCCCGAGGAAUCUUUGAGAGUUCUGUCUGAAUUUAUUUGCUAAAUUCAAUGGUUGAGAGGUUGAAAACAUGUUAAAAGGAUAUUAAAAAUAAUAGACAUACAAAGAAUAAGCAAAAGCAUGGAAAAUGAUUGUCAAAGUAGAAAGAAAAUAACCCCCUUUUGGGGAUAUUGCCAGUUUUAGCAAACAGUUAAUUAUGAAGUUCUGCAGUGAAUAAAAAACUUACUGUAUAUUAUGUUAAUAGAGAUGAACCAAGGAGAAGAAGUGGAAGACCCAAAAUGAUGAAUAAUUCAAAAGCUUUAAACUAUCAGAAAAUUCUAAAAUAUUAAAAUAUCCACAUUUUUUGGUUUAUAGUGUCGUCACUGCAGCCCACCACACAAUGUUUUCAUGUGGUUUGUCAGUACAUCUUUGAGUAUUUGAUUAAUUUCAAUUCUACUUUUGUGCUAGAUAGUCAGGUCCUCCACUAAAGACUCUUGGGUAGUAGUUGAAUAGCAGGGAGGAGACACGGAUGUGGUGGGUGUAGAAACUUUGAAAUUUAUUGAAAUUUGGCAUAGAUGAUAGUGGCACACAAUCAGAUUUGGUGGCUGUGACCUGGAUAGGGAAGUUUCCAUAAAAUUCCAUUUUAAUUAGAAUGCCAGUGAAAUUAGUUUGGUAUGUGGCCAAAUACUAGUUAGUAGUAUUGGUUGAAUCUGUGGCUAGUAAUAUAGAAUAUUUCAGGGGGUCAAUCCUGGGUUUCUCCAGAUACGCAUACCUCCCUCCUCCAACCUUCUAAAACAUGCUAGUAGGUGCAUAAACUGCUCUAAAUUGGCCCUGUGUGUUUGUGUGUGUGUGUGUGUGUGUGUGAGUGUGGGUGUGGGUUGGUGGAUGGGUGGUAUAUUCCUGCCUUGCACCAUAUGUUCCUGGGAUGAACUCCAAAUCCAGAUCCACCAAGACACUGAUCAAGAUAAAGCAGUUACUGAAUGAAUGAAUAAAUGAAUAUAAAUAUAGGAAGGCAACAAUUUGAAUAAACCCUUAUAUAUUGAAAUAUUGAGGUUGACAGUCAUAAACAGUGCUAGUUUAAAUAAUCAUGUUAAUUUACCAUCUCUAGUGUGUGGUUAGCGCGUUUGCCUCACACCUCCAGGGUUGAGGGUUUGAGUCCCGCCGUUGCCUUGUGUGUGUGGAGUUUGCAUGUUCUCCCCGUGCUGCCAGGGUUUCCUCCGGGUACUCCAGUUUCCUCCCCCAGUCCAAACACAUGCAUGGUAGGCUGAUUGGCAUGUCCAAAAGUGUCCGUAGUGUAUGAAUGUGUGUGUGAUUGUGUGUGUGAUUGUGUGCCCUGCAAUGGAUUGGCAGCCUGUCCAGGGUGUACCCUGCUUUGUGCCACAUGCUCACUGGGAUAGGCUCCAGGUUCCCUGCGACCCAGUAAGGAUAAGCAGUACAGAAUAUGGAUGGAUGGAUGGAUGGAUGGAAUAUAGUACUGAUAAUAACAGUAAUCUACAGCAGAUCCAAGACAAAUGUAGAAAGCUCUUUUUUUGCAUAAUGAAUAAGAAGUGAUUAGCACAAAGCUCUACCAUAAACAUAUAGUAUUCUUGCGUUUCAUGUGACGUCAAAGUGUAUAAUCGUUGCCAUUUUGAAUAGCGAAUAAGAGACUGACUGCAUUGAUGUUGCUGUGUUUGUAUUUCAUUAAAAUUGCAUUGCAUUUAUACUGACA